AUGGCGUCACUAUUAUUAAUAGCAGACGAAAAUGUACCUUCAAAUGGGAGAAAACUGCCUAGACCUCGUGUUUUUCGGGACAGGACAAAUCCGCUUGAUUUUCUCAAUGAUGAGGAAGUUAUUGAAAGAUAUCGCCUUCCUCGUCAUUUCCUCUAUCGUUUGGUAGAGUUGGUGAGAGGGGACAUUGAGAGGCCAACAAACAGAAGCCACUCUCUGCCGGCGUACACACAGGUGCUAGUGACCAUAAGAUACCUUGCCAAGGCCUCCUUUUUUUCUGAGUGUGGUGACCUGCAUGGCAUAUCACGAUCAAGCGUGUCUAGAGCUAUUGAUCGUGUCACCAGAUCAAUUUGUAAUGAGAUAGAUAACAUUCAUUUCCCAUCAGAGAAUGAUGCUUUAGUUACUAAGCACCAUUUUUACCAAAUAGCGGAGUUUCCCAAUGUUAUUGGGGCCAUCGAUGGCACCCUUAUACCUAUAAUGGCCCCCAAAGAAAAUGAACCAGAAUAUGUUUGCCGAAAGGGUUUUCAUGCCAUGAAUGUGCAGGUGGUGGCGGAUGCCUCUCUAAGGUUCACGAACAUUGUAUGUAAGUGGCCGGGCUCGGUACAUGAUGCCUUCAUCUUUGCCAAUUCUGAACUAAAAGACCACAUGGAAACACGAAAUGAUGGCUGGCUUCUUGGGGACUCGGCCUAUGCCCUGAAGAAAUAUAUGAUGACACCUAAGGCCAAUCCAUCUAGCGUGGGGGAAGAGAAUUACAAUGCUGCACACAGUCGCACACGAGUCGUGGUUGAGAGGGCUUUGGGUGUUUGCAAAUCCCGCUUUAGAUGCUUGCACAAAUCUGGUGGGAUGCUACUCUUCUCCCCACAAAAGAGUGUUCAGAUCAUAACUGCAGUUGCUAAAUUGCACAACAUGUGCCUUGACAUGAAAGUACCUGUGAUGGAAUGUGAUGAAGAUGUCAAUAUGCAUGCCGCUGGGAUUCAUCUACCGGUACAAGCCCAAGAUGCAAAUGCAGACCAAACUGGACAGGCAAUUCGACAGAGAUUAAUUCAGAGAUUUGGUAUGAAUUGAUUUGGAUAUGCAUGUAUACAUGUACAUGCUUAUUGAAGCUAAAUUUACCCCUUGAAAUUGACAAGUAGGCUAGUGACUGGUGAGGAUAGUCAGUUAAAUAUACUUUUUUCUCAAUUUUCUUCAAGAUUUAGUACCUUAAGUCACAAUUCCCCGUAUUCAUAACAAGUUUGAUUUUCUAAUAUGUAGAAUUAAUUCAAAAGUUUAAAGGAUAUUAAGAACUUCACAAUACUUGUGUUAACAGGAAGACAAUAUGUCACAUGCUCACUGGCAUGACUGUUUUUCAUUCUGUGUAAUUUUUUUGGCCUACAUUUGUACUUUUGUCUCACCCUACACUUGGGUAAAUAUUUGAACAAAUUUAAAUCUACAAAUCCAAGAUAUGAUUUCAUACAAAACCUAUGUAAAAAAUUGCUUGCUAAUUACAAUUUUAUACGUACAUAAUAGUUUAAAGAACCAUUGACAGCCUGACAAACAUAUAUUUGAUAUAUUUGUCAAUUUAUAUUCAUAGCUUAUUUUAUGCUGUUCAAUGAAGUUGAAAUACCUCUCUGCUCCAAAUUUCACUUUUUUCACUCCAAAUAUUGAUUUUCAUCAAUAACAAUAGCAUUAGAUUUAAAGUGGAAAUACUUUGAAGUAUGAAGCAUUGCUAACUUUUUUCAGAAAAGAAAAUUAAAAGCAUAAGGUAUAUAUGAAAGUAAUGUUUAAUUUCAUACCUAUCUAAUUAUAAUUAGAAAACAUAAUGAAGUCUUUCUUUUAAAAUUAGAAAAUCAAAUUGUUCUCUGUGCUUUUAAAAUAAUAUGCAUCCAUCAACAAGAGUUUUCUUUAAAUUAUCGCCCUUGAAUU